AUGAGCAACAAAAUUACCGUUUAUUGCCUUCUGACUCUUAUUUUAAGCUUCGCUUACUCAUGGAGUCCUCACAAUCUAUUCACAUGGUCCUCUGAUAAAAGUAGCCACGUCACCUAUACACACAGACUACUUAUUAAUCGGCCAGUACAAAUUCCAUGUUUCAAGUCUACUGACACUCCGCCCGAUCAUUCACAUCUUAAUUCUACCAUCUACUGGAGUCACAGAGGUUUCAAACUCACUGCCACAGAGAGUCCAUUUCUGUCUGCGUACUGGGACGAUUUGGGGACCCUCAUUAUAUCCUGCAUCCUCCCCCGACAAAUCAACCUAUGGUGCCAUUACAGGGGUCCCAACGUCUCCUCACUUUUCGUUCACCGAAUCGACUUCACUGAGGCCACUUUCACGCAGACUAUUUUCGCAGUCGACAUAAACGCCAGCCUGACGACCAACCUCUCCAAGGCCUACCAGGAAUUUCUCUACAGCCAAAAAAGCAACUGCGGUGUCCAACUGCAAGGCGGGGGGUUAGCCGUGCUCAAGGGGGCACCCAACAUCGAUCUGACGCGUGCGGUUUAUCAAAAGAGAGUUGUCCUAGAAGCCGCACUGGACGCCUGUGAGGCUGGCUUUGACUGCUUGGGUGUCAGUUUGGACUUUUUUGAGUGCUGGGUCAAUAUGGUCCGGAAGACGGCCCUCUACUCAAUUGACUUCAGUAUUAUGCACACAGUCGAUGUUGGCGUUUUCGUGAAUGACGAUGGCUUUGCCUUGGACACACAGAUCCAGAAGACCAUCUCACGAGUGGUGAUGGCUGUAAAGCGCACAAAACCAGGGAUGGUGUCGUCAGGUUUCGGAAGAAUGAAGAAAGCCGACGUGAGUCUCGAGUUGACCGUGCAGAAUCGCACAGUGAGGACGUGCCUCGGAGUCGCCGGAAAACCACACAGAAGCUUCAAGGGGGAAUGCGUGCUCUGUCCGGCUGGUUCCUUUUCACGCGUGGAUAUAACACUGCCUCCACCUCCGGAAGAAUCGCUUGAUAUGCAAAGCGGAGAUCUCGAUUCGAAUCAGGAAUUUCUGGAGAAUGUCAUGUGGCCCUACGCCGACUCUAGACCGUCCUGUCGCCCAUGUCCGGCGUGCUCCUACGCCGAAACGCUUGGCAGACCCUCCUGUCUUCCCUGUCCCGCGUGGCACAGCACUCCAAUUUACGGCAGUAUCCCAGGCGAGGGCGGUGAAUGGAUAGAUUCGGUCUGUCCCAGAAAGGGACGUCGUCACGUCCUGCUAAACGACUUCGUGAAGGAAACCUUCGGAUACGAACCGGUGGGAAAGUGGUUUGAGGGGCUCUCCGAGUUGACUAGAGUCUCAAUUUACGUCGUGGCCUUGGUCGUCUCCACCUUUGGCAUCUUGGCUGCCAUCGUGAUUGUCUACCGCUGUAUUGACGUUGCGGGGAUGCUUUCAGCAGCAGCCCGCGAACUAAGACCGCUCUACUUAGAGGCGGCCUUAGUGUUACAGACCAUGAGACGGAUAGAACAAGGACGGAGAGCUAGGGCGGUGGCGAGACUUCGACAGCUGCUGAAAGAAAAUCCCAACCGGUCUCGUGUUAGAUGA